AUGUCGCGCGAGGCUCAUACACUGAUUCUCGUGCAUGAUGCGCAUCAUAUUUAUGCCGGCAUCGGGAUUCACGACCCGUUUGCGCGACCGGAUGUUGUGAUCGAUACGCGUGUAGGUCGACAGUGCGAUGGCACGUAUAUCACCUACGACCAAACAGUACACCCCACAGCGGUAAGUGAUGUGUUAUGGGAGUACCCGAUUGAGAAUGGCGUCGUGCGCGACUGGAAGGCCGUGGAGACAUUGUGGCGCUAUGUGCUGGAAACCAAACUUCAUAUCAAGCCAGCGGAAAACACAUACUAUCUCAUGCUCGCUCUCCCAUCGCCCGUGUCUCGCGAUGUGUACGAGGAAAGUGCACGUCUUCUUUUUGAGCAGUUCAAUGUGCCUGCGCUGUCCAUGAGCGAGAUUCCCCUUAUGGCAGCGUACGCGGUAGGUGUGCUCAAUGGUCUCAUGAUCGAUGUGGGCUUCAAUGAUACGCGUGUCAGCGCGGUGAGCGACUGCAUGGCCGUCCCUAGUGCCUCGUUGGUCACCAAGCUUGGCUUAAUUCACUGUGCGUGGUGGCUUGCGUACCUGCUCAAGCAAGAGACGGACGUCGUGCAGGCCGUGGAGCCUGUUGCGCGUGGCCAGUUGGAUGCAGCCCUGUGGGAAUUGGCCCAGGACCUGAUCGCGAACAAGCACGUGUAUGUAGACGCGGAGGCGGCGCCCGUGGUCGACGAGGACGAAGGCGUGUUGGACGUGGCGCAGGCCUUGGUCGAAGGGCGAGAGCACGAUGUCGUCGAAGAGCGGGAGCGACAGAAAAAGAUGCCGGCCAAGCCAGCUGCCGCGACGUCGACGUCAAAUGCCACUUCAUCAAGUGUCGUGACAGUGACCUUCCGUGACGUCGCUGUGCCGGUGGGCACGGUCCGAACGCGCUUCCAUGAGCCGCUUUUGCGGCCUGCGUUGCUGGACCGUGUAGUGCUGGAUGUGCCUAUGCCAUACUCUGUGCGUGAUGCGCAGCGUGCACGCCGUAUUGGCGGUGAGCCGGCGUGCCUCUCUAUCAGCGAUGCGGCCGCAUGGGCUGCCAACAAUGUCCACCCCAUGGAGCGAAGGCCAGCGUUGUGGGAGAACAUAAUUUUCACAGGUGAAGGCUCGAUGAUCAAAGGCCUGCCGAACGAGCUGAUGCAGAGUUUCUCGUCGCACAUGACGACCGAGUCAACGGAGCUCUCGCAGGUGAUCGGAGAGCCGCAUCCAUGGCAGCCGCACAAUGCACGUCUACUGCGCAUUCCCGACUACUUUUCGGCGUUCAAAGAGCGCAUGGACUUGGCGCCGUACCUGGGUGCUACGAUCUUUGCCAAGCUUGUGUUUGGUGACUUGUCGGGCCGCAACUAUAUCACGAAGAAGCAAUACAAUGAAGGCGGGCCUUCUGUCGCGUUCGCGAUGGGCAGUGUGUAG